AUGGAAAAGAAUAAUAACAGCUAUAUUACACUAGUAAUAUCCAGACCUCAAAUGUUACAGACUUCAUGCAACAAUUGUAUUAAUUAUAAUCUCUGUAAUUCAAAUUUAUUUUCAGAAAGCAAUGAAACUAAUCCACUAAGAGAAAAGCUGAACAGCUUUGUUUGCUCAUAUUUCCCCAAUCUAUGUAAGUUUACUAGAUAG